AUGUUUGGCUUCAUUGCAGACUUCCUCACGUGCGUUUGCAGAGGCAGACAAUACGAAGCAGCAGUGGAGAAGAUGCGCUGACAUAGGCUUAGAAACAUCACCUCGAUCCUCCUUCCCGUCUUCUUCUCCUACAAAGCGCUCCGUACUUCCGAUCCCGCAGUUUUGACACCAUGGCUAAUGUACUGGACCACCCUUUCACUGUUCCUGGUCGUUGAGAACCAGCUGUACUUCAUCCUAUACUGGGUUCCAUUCUACAGCUGGAUUCGUCUGGGCAUUCACCUCUACCUGGUUCUUCCUGGGCAGCAGGGAAGCGUGUACAUUUACAGACAACAUGUCCAUCCGUUCUUGGAAGAGCAUGAGCGACAGAUUGAUCGCAUGAUCAGUCAGGCACAUGCCAAGGGCAAGGCAGCGGGUAUGGAUGCGGUCAAGAGAGCGAUUGAGUACGUGAGAGUACAGAUUCUAGGUCAACAGCCGCGACGUCCCACACCUCCACCCAGCCGGAAUGUUAGCUACACAACGCACCUCUUCAACCGAUUUGCCAUGCCAUCGGCAAGAGAAGGGCUUGCGGCCGCUGGAACUUCCGACAUCUUCAACGUGAUUGGGAAGGCGUUACAGCAGAGUACAUAUCCCGACGCUACCACACCUGGAGCACAAGCGCGUGACCUAGCCAAUUCGGGUACUCUCAUUCCGCCCAAUCUUGCAGGAGAGGAGCGCACAGAUUUCGUGAACACCCAGCGUGAACGCCUGACGACCUUGCUGCAGGCAUUUGAUGCCGAAGCCUAUCACUCGACUACUGAUGCAGCGGCCACUGGCGUUCGCCCGCAUUCGUCAACGCCACGGCCGCCAUCAAGUCGCAAGUCCUACCUAGCACCUCAGGAGCCUGACAUGCACCGUUCGCGGUCCGAGUCAGAAUUUGAAGACCUUGCGUACGAGCCGAUGCCUGAUCCAGAACACUACAAGCCCGGUGGAAGCCAGAAUACUCAGCAGCCACCUGCUAAGGGCAAUGCUGGCUGGAGCAAUUGGAUCUGGGGCAACUACGGUGAGAAGGACUCUGUAGUAGAUCCUAAAAAGGAUAUGUGA